AUGGCGCAACCAAAGUGUGGCGAGGAGGUCGCAGAAAAGGUCAAUGACAAUACGAACAAUGAGGGCUUGACGAUGUGGGCUGCGGCUUGGCGUGGUGGCCGUGUUGGUGCCCUCUUUGUUGGAGCAAUCUCAGCUGUGCUGGGCCUAUUGCUGGGAUCCGCGGCCGGGGCGGCGGCAGGAUCUUUGUUGGCACCGCUGACCUUGGGAUUCUCAGCUCCGGCCUGCUGCUUCUUCGGCGCCCUGGGCGGCCUCAUCUUGGGUGCAGCCUUGGGAUGUGCAGGUGGUGUGAUGCUGGGGGCUUCUCUGGGACUUCUUUGCUUCGCUACCGAGAUGCCAUCCGGCUGGACAAAGCCUCGCAAUGGGCAAGUGCUGCAGGUGGCUGCACCUUUGAUUCUCACGGGGGUCACAGGUCCGUGCUUCGCCUCCUUUGGUGCAUUCCUGGGACUUCUGUCGGGGGCAUUUCUGGGGCUCAUUGCAGGUCUCUUCUUAGCGCCCUUCACAUUCGGAAUUUCUGUACCGAUUUGUGCUUGCUUGGGCGGCAUUGUGGGUGCAGCCGUGGAUGCGGCAACAGGCGCGUUGUUAGCCGUGCUAUUGAAUCUUGUGCUGUUUCGGCACCGCAGUGGAUUCAUGGGAGGUCUCACCCGCUUAUUUCAGCCUUUCAUUACAGCCUUCAACAGGUGGCGCUUCCAGCUGGCCAUGCUGAUCGCCCCCAGCCUUGAAGUCGCUCUGAAGAAUCCAGAUGAGUCGCCCAUGGAGGCGCGGGACUGCAAGAAGCCAGCUCGCCGAGCCCGACGUCGUGCCCGAAAGGUUGGUAACAGCAUCAUGUAG